AUUGUCGCCGCUGGGACAGGUACAUUCAACUAUCCUCGCAAUACCCGUCGAACAUCCACUGUAAACAAACGCUCUCAGAAUGGCUCACGAUACGUGGCAGAGCCCGCUGGCGGCUCGCUACGCCAGCAAAGAAAUGCUCACCUUAUUCUCACCUCGAACUCGAGCUACAACCUGGCGCCAACUCUGGAUCUGGCUUGCUGAAGCGGAGAAGGAGUUGGGGCUCGAUAUCCCGGACGAGGCCAUUACGCAGAUGGAGGCGGCUAAAGUCAUGACGGACGAUGAUUUCCAGGUUGCGGCUAUAGAGGAAAAGCGACGACGGCACGACGUUAUGGCCCAUGUUCACGCCUUUGGCCAGCGGGCACCUGCAGCCGCUGGCAAGAUACACCUGGGCGCCACUUCCUGCUACGUGACGGACAAUGCCGACUUGAUAUUUUUGAGGGACGGACUGUCAAUCCUAUUGCCGAAAGUCGCCAAGUGCAUCAAGAAGUUGUCAGAUUUUGCACUGCAAUACAAGGCCAUGCCUUGCCUGGGAUUUACCCAUGGACAGCCCGCUCAGCCCAUUACUGUUGGUCGUCGGGCUACGCAAUGGAUUGAGUCGCUACUCAUGGAUUUGAGGAACUUCGAACGUGCUCGUGCAGACCUCGUCUUCCGUGGCGUCAAAGGCACCACUGGGACCCAAGCCUCUUUCCUGGAGCUAUUCCAUGGCGACCACGCAAAAGUCAAGCAGCUCGACCAACUGGUCACCAAGAAAGCCGGUUUCAGUAAACGCUCUAUUGUGUCGGUGCAGACCUAUAACCGCAAGAUUGAUUUUGACAUCGCCAACGUGUUGGCUUCAUUCGGUACCACCUGUGAGCACAUUGGUACCGACCUGCGGCAUUUGGCUAUGUUGAAAGAAGUCGAAGAACCUUUUGAGAAGGACCAAAUUGGCUCAUCAGCCAUGGCUUACAAACGCAACCCCAUGCGCUCGGAACGUAUGUGUUCUCUGGCUCGGAAGCUGGUUUCGCUCGCCUCCGGAUUCGGGCAAACGUACGCCCACCAAUGGUUUGAAAGAUCGCUGGACGACUCUGCAAUCCGACGUAUUGAUAUUCCCGAGAUGUUUCUAAUCGCCGACGCAUUAUGCAUUCUGCUCGAAAACGUGUCUUCGGGUCUGGUCGUGUAUCCACAAGUCAUCAGCGCCCGCCUGCAGCAAGAGCUUCCCUUUAUGGCCACCGAGACAAUGAUUAUGCGUAUGGCUGAAAAGGGCGCCAGCCGUCAAGAAACUCACGAGCAUAUCCGAGUGUUGUCUCAUCAAGCCGCUGCGGUGGUCAAAUUGGAAGGCCAAGCGAACGAUCUUGUUGACCGUAUCAAGAAGGAGAAGUUUUUCGAGCCUAUCUGGAGCGAGUUGACGCCAGAGGACUUGCUUAACCCAUCGAAGUUCGUUGGCAGGUCGGCGGAACAGGUUGAUGAAUUCGUGGAAGAAGCGGUGGAUCCAGCUUUGGAGCCUUACAAGGACCAGAUUUUGAGCAGUGGGGCUGCAGAAAUCAAUGUUUAAGUCUUCGAGAGGGAUGAGUUUAGUAAAAUGCCGUUACAUGGCUUUGUUCCUGGAGAGCUCCCCUGUCAAGAUGCGGCCCACAUGACGGUCGACACUUCCGGUUGUUUGAGGACAUAAGUUGGUAACAAUCGUGAUACCCAACAGUUCUGUGACGGAAUGAUUCCAGAGCGUGGUCUCUGUCCGAGUUCGGGGGAUGGAUUUCAUCAAGUCAUUUCUUGUAUCAUUUGCCACAGCCUCCGCUGCUUCUCCAUCAUCUGGUCGCGAGACGCCUCGGUCGUGGAAGAUUCCUCCUGAGUGGCGUCUGGAGCACCCGAUAUCCUAAUCUUGCC